AUGUUGAAGAGAGUUUUUUCCGGAAGAAGUCGAAAAAAGCCAAUAGAAGAAAACAGUGGAGCUCUAAAUGGAAACACAAUAGCGCCAGAUGCGAUUAAUCGUCGAUCCAUAUCUCCAAGAAUUGCCAGAAACGAAUCGAUAAGAAGAGAUGUGAAGCCUGGAAUUCUCGUUGCAAUUUUCACCAACACCUUUGCCAAGGGACCAAAAGGGCGACAACUGUCCAUAAAAGGCCUCCGCAGGUCGAAAAGCCAGGGACCAGGGAUGCGAAAGAAAAGCGAUGAUGCGAGGAUGCUCAAAUCAACCAAAUCGUUCGACAAUUUGUCAGCGCUGAGAUUAGCCAAGACAGCUAGCGCGCUGAAGGAUGAAAAUACAGAUUUGGCAUUCGCACAGAAGAAAUUAAUCAAGGGCGAUGAUGACUCAGGUUCCGAUUCUUCCGCUGACGAUAGUCAAGAUGACCGCGAAGAAGCAAUUCUAGCAGACAUCAACGAUGACCUGGGACUAGAAGACAUUGAAGCAUGCGACAGUCCAUCAGAAGAAGACUCCGAAGGACGAUCAGAAACUGCGUCCCAGUUUUUCCAGGAAAUUGAACGCGAAAUCGAGGAACAAGAAACCACGGACAAUUAUUAUUAA